AGGUUAUCACCUGGUAUCCCUAUGUUUAACACUGGCCGCCGGUUCCUUUCCCUAAUUCCUGGUCCUUCCUUUUCCUGCCUUUUCUUCUAGUUAUUUCUUCUUAUUUUGUUUUAAGCCCAUAACCGAGGAAUAAUACGAGUGCUGUGACGGUCAAAUCGAUUUUCUAGUUUAUUUUCUUUUUGUAUAUUUUCUUUUCUCAAGUAAAAUGUACAAGCCCAGUUCCCCAGCUUUUCAGUUAUUUGUCAAGCUUGUCAAAGGUGAUGUUAUUGUCGGAGAAUUGUUGAAUUGGCUCCAGGAUGUACACUCUUCUACCUGCGAGUACACUUUUCUGAAGGAUUGUGAAAUCAAGCAGGUUGACUUCAUUAGAAUUUUCCUCUUUGCAAUUAAGUCACAUGUAAGGAAUAUAUUAAGAGAUAGAAGAGCAGGGAUAUCACAUUCAAAAAAAACAUGUCGAAAGUUCUCUACUGAUGAAUCCCAGAAGGCAAACCUGGAUUUACUGAAAUCCCCCCAAUCGAGAAAUGAGUAUUAUUCUCCUGUGGCAUAUGAUACCAAUUUUCCUUCAUUAUCAGGUGUUAAACACCGACCAAAAAAUGAAAGCAGUACUUGGUCAUCAAAAGCAAAUUUCAAUCAAAAUUCUCCAAAUCAUUUAGGUGUUAACCCAACUCUACUUGGCUCACCAUCAGAUAUAAAUAAAUUAACUCCGAAAGAGUCUAAUAGUUGUGCUAUGAUGGCACCAUGGCAGUUGUAUACUGAAAAAAGCAUUAGAGGAAUUUCUCCUCAAUUGCAAACUAUAAUAUGUGUGUACAUUGAAAUUUUGAAUGGCCAAAUGUGCGCCAGUAUAACUAGCGAACUUGCAUUUAUGAUGAACGUAUUGUGCCACAAAGAAUUUGUUUUUUCAAAUACGAAAAUGCUAGUUGCAAAACCCUGUAUUGAUGUAAUUAAAGACUUACAGUUCAUAAAAUCUAAAGAGGAAUGCUGCAUUUUUGCCGUUGAAGUGUUAAAUAGCCAGCGACAUAUUUUAACAUACUUGGAUAAUGUCUGUUUAAAAUCAUUAUCAAGAAAUGCUUUAGACAUAAACCAGCAAUUUGCUGUUAGCCUACUCAAGGCCACAAGUUUACCAACUGACUAUAAUUACAUCAAUGAUCUUGCAACUUUAGAAGCAUGCACAAAAAUGCUCCAAAAUGUAGAUAUAAACUUGGACGAAUCAAAUGUCAACAACAAUACCGAAUUAGUCAUCAACGAAUUCCAUUUGUUAGCAUCAGAGUGGCAAAAUAAUAUUAGUCUAAACAUUAAUGAUUUUAAGCUGAAAGUCUCGACUCUCGUUGAAAAGGCAAACCAAGAUUCCAGCACUAUGACUCUUCUCGCUGAAAUAUUUGUGCGACAUCUCAUCAGAUAUGCCCAGUUUAAGGACUGUGUUAGUGAUUCAUAUUCGGAUUUAAAUAACUCUCGAAAGGAAAAGUAUGUUCAACUCGAAAAAAGGCUCGUGCAGCCUCGUUUGGAUACAAAAUUUGAAGAAUACCAUAAAGACGAUUUUGAUGAAGCUGAAUCCUUUUAUAAAGAGUUCAUAUUGCUGUCUUUGAAAGUCUCUCCUACGUUGAUAUUAUUUAUUAAACAAAGUUUAAUUCUAACAUAUAAGGAGCUGGCUUUUAAAAUGGAAAGUAAUGGGAAUAUCCCAUUGUAUACUCUUGGGAGUGGUUGGUAUUUUACAACAGUUAAAAUAUUGCAAUGUCUUGGGAAAUUUCUUGGAUUCAUAGAAUUUGUUCAUUACCAUCAAAACACUGACAAAAUCUCCAAGUCCGUAUUUGAUAAACAAGUUAAUUUGCGUACUCAGGUACAUCCGCCAAUGGAAUUUUCAGAAAUUCUCAAGAAAGCCUCCGAGAAUGGAACACUAAUAUUAAUUGUACCCUGGAUUGUCGAAUACUUAAUGAUGUGCGAUAUGGUGGCAUUAGAAGUGCCUUAUAUAAAUCAUAUUCUAAUUACUUUAAUGUCCAUAAAAGUUACGCUUAAAAUAAAAGGUUUUUCUGUGUCCAAUUCAACUCGAGCUAUCGCAUUUCCACUACCUUUAAAUCGCCAUUGCAAUAAUUAUCCAGCAUUAAUCCAUUUAACUCGAAUGUCAGCUGUCAACAUGGCUUACCUUGCUGUCACCAUAGGAAAACUUUUUAAUUCUUCAGCAUUUUAUGAAGAGAAAUUUUAUUAUCUUAUGGAUCAUAAUAUAGCACCAAUUGAUAUUCGAGAUAUAUUGAAUUAUCAAACCCUUGAUAAUUCAAAUGUAAUAACAAAAGGAAUUUUUCUUGAAACGUGCAAAGUAUUUAGGCAACUUAAGAACAUUACAUUAUCGCAUGUGAGGAGUACCAAUAAUUCUGCAAGACAUAUUACUCCGACUUCCUUGACACCGGCUUCUGAGCAAUCGCCAACCCAGCUAAAAGACAAACUUGAAGCUAGCUUCUUUAGCGGUUAUAAAGGACUGAGCAUCAUCGCUGAUUUUUUGUCCAACAGGAUUGCCCAGAUUUGUGAAAAAAACAUCACUGCAAUUUACAAAGAAAACAGUUACACUAUCGCUAUGUUUAUUCAACAGCAGAAGAUAACUGAAGAGUUAGGAGUUGUACAAUUGGAUUCAAAAACAAGAAACAUGAUUGACAUUACAAUUAAUGAAUUAAACGAUGUUAUAAAGAAAGAAAUAAAGGAAAUCAAAGAAAAUAGGCUCUGGCCUGCAUUUCGUCUACUUCACGACCCUGAUCUUCCUCCAUCAGCGGUAGCCACCGCUGAAAAACUCAUGGCAAAAAAAGUGGAUAUCAAAAUAGAAAAUUGGAUUAAACAAACUUUUGGUACUACAGAGGAUAUUAUUUCACGGACAAUAGAAGAGUGUUGUGAUCUUAAACGACUCACCAAACUGCAUCCCUACUUGGAAGGAGAUAACAUUUCACUUACACCUUCUUUAUUGAAACUUGAGGAGUUAAUAUAUCAAGUUUAUUUUGGCAAACAUGAAGAUUUGGACGUAAAAAAGAUAUUGCCAUUUUUAAAUUCUAUUGUAAAGGAUGCAAUGAAUUGCGCAGACAACAACGAAAUACUAUCAACAUUGUAUACUACCUCUUGGGAUCUACUAUGGUGUUUAGUAUCUCGUUCGCCGAAAUUGGUCACAAGAGAUUUUAUUUUUGGACUGAUCCCGCUAUGGAAAUCUAUAAAAUCGGUCACAACUUCGGAUAAUGAAAAAAGAAUCCUCUGCCCCCGUAAUAUCAGAAUGGCACACCUGAGCCAAUUUCAAGCGGAUAUUCCUGCUACCGUGGCUCUUAUUUUUAAAUGCUUGAUAGAGAAAAACUUCAUCACUGUUAAAGAAUUUGAAGACCAAUCACUUCAACUAUUUCAUACAUCUUGGCAGAAAGAGGAAACACAUUUUAUUACAAAAUUGCUGGAGGAAAUUAAAACAUGUCUGCCACAAUCGGACUCUAGCAACGGCGAAGGUCUGUUGCUUGAAUGGGCUUUGGAAACAAGUCACCAAUUUGAUGAAGAUUUUGAUUAGGCAAAUUUUUAUUUAUAAAAUUAUAUAUGUCUACUUUAUAUAUAUUUUUUAUUUAAUUUUAUACGUUGAAUCAUUCCUGAUUGUAAUUAAUUUAAAACUAUCGAAAUUAUUAAAUUAUUACUGGCUAUAUUAGCCUUAACAGAAACUUACAAAAUAAAACUAUAGUAAUUAUAUUUCAAAUGACACUUAUUAUUUA